AUGCCAACAGCGUCCAUCGCGCCUUCCGAAAUGGUUUCCCAGGCCCAAGUUCUCGAUUGCUCUUUGCCCCCUCAAAGCGCACCGUCGUCCGUGUCACGUCAAUCGCAUCACAGUCGCCGACACCGGUCGAGUCGCUCUCAUCAUGGCGGACUUGUUCAUCAGCCUCAGAAUGACUUUCCGAUCUUCACCCACACUGGCGACGUCGAGUUAGUGGUUCGCGCCGGUCGCCAGGAGAAUCGGUACCUCUUGCACCGGCUAAUCCUCUCGCAAUGUUCCGGCUUCUUCGAGACUAGCACUCAAGAAGAGUGGUCGCGACGACAACCCGCAAACACCGAAUCGACCUUGUCCAGAAUCAGCGAGGAUGCCUCGUCUCUAUCCAAUGGCUCCACCUUGGCGCAGUCCGACGUUGGAACUCAAUCAACGCCCGAAAAGAAGCGAUGGAGAUUCGAACUGGAUUGGGAAAACAAGGCGGAGGACGAGGAACCGAUACUGGUCCAAAAACCUCCCAGCGCUUCUGGUGCCGUAGCUAGCGACUUCGGACCAUAUGCGAAGCCAAUGACCAAACCGUCCAGCAAUCAUGCCGGGUUUGCUCGGUCAAUGGCGAACUUGGCGGGCCUGCAGUCCGUUAUCCAUCUGCCACAUAGGUCGAGUGCGGUAGCCGCGGCUGCAGCAAACAACAUGGCCAAUGACACGACGAUGGAUCCCAUUCUCCGAGAUUAUGACAACCUGUUCCGAUUGUUCUAUAAUCAUCCACCACUACUUAACACCAUCAACAUCGCUACUGCAUAUGCAGAAUGCAAGGCCCUUCUAGCCCUGGCGGAUAUGUAUGAUGCCCUACCCGUCACCGGUCCCCGCGUCGACCAUCACCUUCUGGGCUUCGGUUCGCGACUCUUCAAGCAAAUUGCCAAAUAUCCGCCAAGCUAUCUCAAGCUAGGGUACCUUGCACGAAGUCGUGUCAUCUUCUCCGAGGCCCUGAUUCACGUUGUCGGGCAAUGGCCGGCUGGGCAAUCAACCCUCCGAAGGGGACCGCUUCCCCAUCUGGUGAUGGAUAUUAUCGAAGACAAGUUUGAAGAUUUGGAGGACCUCAAGGCUCGCAUCGACUCCAAGCUUCUGCGUCUCACCCUCACCACUUCCCGCGGUGAACGUGUCACUCCUCAAAACGCCUAUUUGGACUGGCUAGCUGUUUCUCUCUUCCGACAAUGGCUUGUUGACAGCACUACCCCACCUCCUCCGCCAAUUCUCAAGAACAAUACCCCUGUAAACCAUGUCCGCGCAGCAUCCACAGUGACGUCCACAACUCUAUCUGCUUCUCGACCGACGGAUAUCCCACCGGCGGCCACACCAGCAGUCGCUUCGGCUCGCGUCUACCGGCUCAUUGGCUCCCCAUCGGCGCAAGCGUAUCUCUCACAUGAGGAGCUCAAGAAGUUUCUCAAGGUUCAUCCAACGCCGUCCGCAGAGUCCCUGUACACACGUGAAGUGCUCAGACGAUUCGAACGAAAAAUGGACGAAAUCAAACGGCUGGCCCGUGAGAUUGUUAAGCCACUCAUGCGGAAUUUCCUCGAAUUGGAUCUGAAGGGAGGUGAAUUCAGCGACACCGUGCCCUAUCUGACAUGCGUCAAAGUUGAAGACGAAGAUAUUCCUUGGGAAUGA